AUGGCAGCAGCUGACACAAUGAAUUCUCCUGGGUCAGUUGGAGAAAAGAGUUCAUGUUCUCUGAACUUGAUGGUCAGUUGUAAUGCCGACGAGGCGAAAGGCGUUGGGAUGGACAAAGGCAUUUUAAAGCGGGAUUCCGGAUUUUUUUCCAAAAAUAUGCAAAGAAUGAAAGAACUCACAAAACAAAUUCCUCUUCCUCUGGUAAAGCCGCAGAUCGACGUUGAAGAUGGAACUCCGCCUGAAUUCAAGCAAGCUGCCCUGUUGCAAAUGCUGACUGAGAAAGACUCGAGGUAUAAAGAAUGCUUCAAGAUCUUGAUGAAAAUCUGGAAUUCCCAGAUUUUCUCGUUUUUGAAGCAAAUGUUUUUAGUGAUUCUUCUGCUCGCGUCCUUUGCUCAGUCAGUCACUCAAAUCAGGAAGUAUCUCUCAAAGCCCUACUCGACCGAUAUAAAAUUGGCGGAAAUUUCGGCCUCUGACUCGCCUUGGAUCACCAUUUGCUUGGAUCCCAUCUUGAAUUUGAAAGCUUAUGAACGUGCUGACAUGAUAGCAUACGACGGAGUUACCACUGACCCCUUCGCUUCACCAUACCCGAGCAGUGCUUUAAAUGUCUUCUCAAUUCAGCGAUACAUGAGAAUGUUCAACUGCUCUUUGUCUCAAGCAAUUGUGGACUUGACGACCUCUGUGAUGUAUCACAGAGUCAUGUGCUUCACGCCUUCUUAUGCGAGUGAUCUGGAAGAUACGGGCCUUUGCGAUGUGGUUUUCAAUCGUCCAUUCCGCAAUCGCGAGGAGUUCGCAAAAUUAUUGGAGGAAUCAACGGAGCCGAUCGUUCACAGCUUUGCAUUCGGUGAUUGGGAAACAGAAUUGUUCAAUUUCAAUUUUCAGGAGGUUUUGAUGUGUAGCACGUUCAAGCCAAAAAAUCUCACUUUGUCAAUUCGAGAUACAAGGACGUUGAGGCUGAAAAUAAUGCCAGACGACGUGAAAACGACGCACAAUGUUUCUUCUCGAUUUUUGAAAGCUGGUAUACUUCCGAGAGAAAAGUGGCCGGAAAUGGUUUUUCACAUGACUCAAAAAUUCAACCAGCCGGACAUUCAUCAUUAUGACUCGAGCUACAUAGGAAUGUCCACUGCGUUUGGGUACCUUUCAGUCGAACCUUCUCCUAGAAAUCCCGUGAAAUUGUCGGAAAUGGUUCAAUUAAGACUUUCCCUGAGAAAGUAUCAAAGAGUGGAUUCGAGAGACGAUGAUAAAGAUGGAUGCACCAUGGACGAAGACGUUUUGCGAACCCGUCAUCAGAAGUACAGUCUCAUUUCUAAGCUAAGACAGCAGUCCCUUCAACCAGCAAUCCAUCAACCCUCUUGUUUGAGUGAAGAAGACCUGAGUGCAGCUUCCCAGCUCUUGAUGACCUUCAGGGAACACACGUUGGACUCGCCAUUUGAUCCUGAAGAAUUCAGGGUUUCUGCAGCAGCCGUUCUUUACUACAGCGGUCUCUAUGAUUCCGCCACAUUCAAUUAUGACUUUGCAUUGGUGCAACUGGCUCUUCCUGUACCAAUCACUGGGCUUUCAAACAUCCGCCCAGUGUGUCUCGCUUCUCAGAGCUUUGAUUUCAAUGGCUACACUGGAAUUCCUAUUGGAUGGGGUGUCUACGAAAAUGGAGUUGGCAGACAGGCCUCAGUUCUGAGGGAAACCACAGUCAGCAUUUGCAACAGGGCAGCUUGCUUGAAUUCAGGCGGAGUUCCAUCUUCAACGUCAAUCUGCGGCUUUACCAGAGGAAGAGGAAUUUGUUUUGGAGAUUCCGGUGGCCCAAUGACAGUGAAAUCGGCAGGAAAGCAUUACUUUGCUGGGUUCCCUGUUGCAACCCAUCCGGGCACUGCACCGAACACUUGCGACACGAAUAAACCCCAAUACUACACACAGGCGACGUUUUUCACCAACGUCAUAACUCAAUACGCUUGGGUCUUCGGAAACUAUUGCAGCUAUUGAUCGAUGAGACGAUUCUCCCUCGCAUCUAUACCAAGGACCAUUUAAUCCGGGCUCUGAAAAAAUAAAGAUUUCUUUCUGCAUCUGAAAUCAUUCAUCUAUUUACUUUUACACCUCACUAACGUCGACAGGAAUUUUAUGGUGAAUCACCAGCACACCAGGACACUGGUCAACCAAAAGGCAUCCAAGUUUGCUUCGAAACAGAUUGGAAAUGGAGGGUUAAACAAAGGAAAAUCAGAAAAAGUUGAUUUCAUGUCCGAACUUUCAUGAGUAAACAAUCCUUGGAGAAAUAAAACAAUUCAGCCUUUAAAAUCA